AUGAUAGAUGUGGGAUUAGUUAUUGAUGAUAAAUAUUCAUUGGUAAAAAAAAUUGGUCAAGGCUCUCAGGCAGCCGUGUGGUCAGCAAUUGAUGAAGAGAGACAAAUUGUUGCUAUCAAGUUUUUGAGAAGUAAUGGGCAAAUGAUUAAUGGAAUGUAUUUCAUUGUAAUGGGAAAACUAGGCAAAAGUCUAUAGGAUAUUAUUUAAGAAAGGUAGGAAAAGUUUUCUAUGCUUACCGUCCUAUAAAUCGGAGUCUAGCUUGUGUUUGACUUAGAAUAAUUACAUAACACUGGUUAUACGCACUAUGAUAUUAAACCAGACAAUAUUCUUCUUGAAUGUGAUGACUUCGAAGAUUGUGGAUCCUCUCUUGUAUGCUUAAUUGAUUUUGGGAUUUCUUUAAGUUUAUAAGAAGCUGCUCCAAAUCAAGAGCCUGCAUUAGAUAAUAGCAAUGAUAAACAAAAACAGCGAAGAAGACUUUUUAAUGGUAAUAUUGCUUUUAGCAGUGCAAAUUAAAUGCUGGGAAAAUAAAUACAGCGAGCUGAUGAUAUUGUAUCCAUCUUGUAUUUAAUGAUAUAUUUAUCAGAAGGUAGACUGCCUUGGUCUAAUUAGAAAAUAACUAAUAAUCAAUAUGACUCAUUCCGAAAACUCAAAGAACCAAAUAAUAUUGACUACGCUUACUACAUAAAUGAACUAACUUAAGCAAAUCCUAAUAGUUUGAAAAGUUUUAGCUGGGUUAUGGACUGGACUUAAGCAAACAAUAACUGGUAUAACUCAUAUUCAGAAAAAUAGUAUAUAUUCAAAAAUUUCGUCAGUAGAAAUAAAAGUUAUCAAAAAGCUAAAGGAAAUUAACUUUUAUAAACCAAGAAAUCACUGACCUAAAAAAAUUUAUACUAGGCAGUAGAUAGAAAGAGAAUGAGUACAAAUAUGAUGAAUAGUGGCUCAAUCUAAAAACAAAAGCAAUGGCAAGUAAGUCCAGAUAAACCUAAUAUAAAGCCUAAUAGAUUUUUUAAUGGAAUAAUACUGGGUAAUGAUAAUAAUAAUAUCAAUCACAUGGUAAAGCAAGAUGAGCCAACAGUUAAUAAUUCCUAAGUGAGUGAUAUAGACAUAAAUAAUUAAAUAAGAGCUCAGACUCUUGCUAGAAUUACUUAACAAGAUAUGGUCGAGAGAACUUAGUAUAUCAAUCAAAGGAGGAAAUAAACUAAAUUCAGAUAAUCAAUUGAUAGCUCAAAUCAAGAUCUUGGAUCCUUUUUAUAUAGACUCUCAAAUAUUUAACAAUUAAACAGAGAUAAGACCUCUCAGAAUCGUUUAGAUCUAGAGAGCUAAAAAUCAUAGACAUUUCAGUUAAAUCUAAAAGACGUAAUGAGAGCAAAUAGAAAAAUUUCUAAUGUUGUUCUUGCCAAUGAUCUCGGAGACCUUCAAUUUUCUUAGAAUAAUAUAGAGCAUUACUUAAACAUUGCAUCACAAUGCUUUCUAUAAGAAUAUAUAACUAUCAUUGAUGAUACUUGUAUUUAAAUACAAGAUGUAGAUGAAGAUUUUAGAUAAAUAGAAGUUCUACGGAAUUAGUAUUAUAAAUACACCAUUGAUUAUAUUCCCAAAGGAAAUGAUUUAAAACUUAUAAUGAGCUAGCAGUGA